AUGGCUUACAACAGAGCUUUUAACCCAGAUUCGCUACCUGCAUUCGCAGAGCCAGAACGAAAACAUGCACAAUCCCCCGUCGUUCAGGCCCCCAUCCACAGCCAAGCGCAACAAGCCAUGCACGGCGCACAAUACGAAAACCGUCCCCCGCCAUCCCUCCCCCAAACCAUAAAUCCCAACGGCCACAGACCAUCCGAUGGUCGACGACUCUCGCCCCAAAUGCAUCCUCCAGGAAACUAUGGCGCUUCCCCUCCAGGUCGCGGCUAUGCCUCUCCUCCGCCAGGCCAAUUCCAACCUGGUCGAGUUGCGCCUCAGACAAGACCGGCGCAACAAUCUAGACCUCCUCCUACGCCUGCUCCUCCCGGUGCGGAUCCCCAAUUGUGGCCGCUAUUUCAGGCUGUGGAUAAAGAUAGAACCGGCGCCCUCACCGAAAAAGAGCUCCGCGCUGCCCUCGUCAAUGGCGAUUGGACCGCCUUCGAUCCCUAUACUGUAAAAAUGAUGAUUCGCAUGUUCGAUACCGAUCGCAGCAACACGAUCAAUUUUGAAGAGUUCUGCGGCUUAUGGGGAUUUCUCGCGGCAUGGCGUGGAUUGUUUGAUCGCUUCGAUAAAGAUCGCAGUGGGAAUAUUAGUUUGGAUGAAUAUUCGGAAGCGCUGGUGGCUUUUGGUUAUAGAUUGAGUGAUGGUUUUGUGGGGACCCUGUUUAAGGCUUAUGAUAAGAGGGCGGAGGGAGCGAUUAGUUUCGAUAUGUUUGUGCAGAGUUGUAUUAGUUUGAAGAGGAUGACUGAUGUCUUUAAACGUUACGAUGAUGACCGCGAUGGUUACAUUACGCUCUCCUUUGAAGAUUUCCUCCUAGAAAUCAUUCGACAGAAGUAUUAA